AUGUUUGGCAGGAGCGGGUGGAUUUGGCAGAGGGUGCGACGGUGGGUGCGAUUGAGGUGGCGUUUGUCGCCGCCGCGGCUGCUCAGAACAUUGUCAGGUUUACCCUACCGGGGCACCCGGUUCGGAAGUUCGCACUCAUUGCGGAGAGUGGCCGGAGUGCCGCGGAGCUGUGCCACGCGCUUGAUCGACAAGGCGUUUCGGUGCGAGGCAUGGAGGACUUGCCCGACGCGGUGUUCCUGCGUGGAGGCGAUCAGCAAACUGCGCAAGCCUUGGAGGCCGGGAUUCCCAACCUGUCAAGGCCAGAGGUGCAGGCUUACAUCGUCAGGUUUCACUCAAAGCUUGGCAAGCGGAGACGGCAAAGGCACCAACGGUAGUCGUAGCAGUGGUGGUGGUGGUGGUGGUGACAAGGCGCCGAGCCGGAGGGGACCCGUAAGCCGGACAGGAGGUGGAGAAGCGGGAACGGUUGUCGCCUCAGCACGGGGAGUGGCAUCAUCCGGACGGGCUGCGAGGGAGGGAAGCGGAGGCCAGCAGGUGACGGGAACGGGUGCGAAUGGCGGCGGUGCGGGGCAACCGAAAGCAUCGGGAAACGGGAACAGCAAAACGAGCGCUCGAAAGAAGAAGAACAGGACUGCGGGUGCUGCCCCCUCUGCCGCUACCUCCUCAGGCUCUUCUGCCACCGUCGCAGCCGCUUGCGAGGCUUUCGCUUCCGCUGCCCCUAGGACCGGUGGGGGUCUAGGUGGGGGUGCGGCGGCGGCGGCGGUGGCGGCGGCCGGCGGCCGGCAGGGCGACACGAUGCCUGGCGUCACGCCUAUCAUGUCGCCGGUCACCUCCAGCGGGAGGGCGCCCGGGCUCUGGACGACCCUGAAGAAGAUGUGGUCUGAGGUCAACAAACACCGCUCCUCCUGGGCGUUCCGAAAGGGGGUGGACCCUACGAUGGCACCCGGCUACCUGGACGUCGUCAAGCACCCCAUCGACCUUGAGGGCAUCCGCAAGCGGCUCGACGGCCCGGUGGUACACUACACCAGCAAGGCGAUGCUGCAAGACGACCUCGAGCUCAUGUGCCGGAACGCCAUGCUCUACAACGACGAAGGGACCGAGUACCACAGAGUUGCCGAAGACCUCUUGCGCUUCAUCGAGUCGAUGUUUAUCCGCUAGGUUGGCGGGC